AUGUCUGAGAGGAUUAACUGGUUACAAAAUCAAAACAGAGUGUGCAAAGUUGAUGUCUUUUCCCCUGGAGAUGGCCAACCCCAGGACUGGAAAAUGGAAGCUGCCACUGAUCCUGUCAGAGUGCUCAGCUCGCUCCGCAGAGACCUGGAGAAAAGUACAGCAGGGUUCCAAGACGUUCGGUUCAAGGCUGGAGAAUCGUCAUUUGGUGGGCACGUGAUCACCUCGGGAGACCCAUGCAAGGGUCUCCCUGCGGACUGUUACAAUGCCGCCAGCAGGGGUGGCCCAGCGAGAAUACACUUUGCGAUAACUCAGAGAGAGAACCCCCUCCAGGGACCCAGGGCCCAAACUGGUUAUGCAAGUUCAGUAGAUGAAGUGUCCUUUUAUGCCAGCUGCCUCACAAAUCUGGUCAUCGCCAUGGCCUGCAAGGAGAUCAUUGAGGAAAUUGAUGGUUCUGAACACAAGUGUAUGCAUCAGUUAUUGUACACAGGAGAUGACCCCACGCCCAACAAAAGCCUGAGUAAGGUGGCAUUGGAGCUUGUGAACCAGUGUGUCUCUGCUUGUUCCAAGAAUGCUGCCUCAGAUAAGCCUCCUGGCUCUGGUGAAAGGGCCUCAGGAUCACCACAGAGUUCCCCAAAUUUGAAAUGCAAGACCAUUCUGAAGACGAAGGAGAGCACCAAGGAAAGCAAGGGUCCAGAUGACAAGCCUGCUUCUCAGAAGUCUUUCUUCUAUAAGGAAGUGUUUGAAUCUCAUAAUGAAGGUGAUGCCAGAGAGGGAAGGUCCUUACCUGGGGAGAGAGAGAUGUUCAGAGGGCAAGAAAGGCCUGAUGACUUCACGUCCUUUGUUAGUCAAGGGAUCGUAACUUAUGCUAACAGUGUAGUAUCUGAUAUGAUGGCCUCCAUCACGAGGACACUGAGGAUCCAAGCGAAGGACACAACCAUUGCCACCAACCUGCUGAAGAAAGUCCUGAUCAAGCACGCAAAAGAGGUGGUCUCAGAUCUCCUGGACUCUUUCAUGAAAAACCUCCACGAUGUCACAGGGGCCCUCAUGACCGAUGCAGACUUUGUCUCAGCUGUGAAAAGAAGUGUCUUCUCUCAUGGAAGCCAGAAGGCUGCAGACAUCAUGGACGCCAUGCUGGAUAAGCUGUACGCUGUCGUGUUUGCUGAGAAACCUCCCGAGACUCUUCAGAAAGCCAAGGACAUGUCUGAGAGUUACUCCCUUGUCUCCAUGAAAGGAGUGGUUGACCCAAAAAACCGAAAUGUAAACUUUUCAACAAUGAAAUCAGAAGGUAAAUUGAGGGGAAAUGUAUGCUGUCCUGCUCCCAAGCCAGAGGAGGAGAAGACUUGUGCUGAAACUCUAGGUGAGCACAUCAUCAGACAGGGACUGACCAUGUGGCAUGAAAGUCAGCAUAGAGAAGGGAAAUCUCCAGGUCUCCAGUGUGCAACGUUUGCAGCUCCCAACGAACAGUAUGAGCCUGUACCAGACAUUCCCCUGGGACAUCCUCCGGAUAUUUGCAACUCCAGCCCCCCUAUGCAUCACCCAGAGAAACCUGAGAAUGUUAGGUAUGUUUCAGACCCCUGGGCCAAGGACCUGAUUGCGUCUGCCCUGCUUCUGAUUCAGUACCACCUGGCCCAGGGAGGAAGCAUGGAUGCUCAGAGCCGCACCAACCUCCCCACCAAGUCCCCUGUGGUUUCUGAUGAGUCCAAACUUAAGUCUCUUCAUAUGGGAAGUGACCAAGAAGAAACAGAAAAGAAGGAUCUCAUGGGCGUUUUCUUCAACUUUAUCUGAAAUUUACUUGCUGAGACUAUAUUUAAGAAUGACCAUAGCUCUGAACACAAGAUGCCAGAACCACCGGUUAAGGAAGAAGAUACCCACCAGUAUGAAAGACCUGUAACCCCUUGUCCAACCAAACUAAAUGAAAACAAUGAGACUGGUGGUGCCUUUGCUGGGCUGACCAAGAUAGCUGUUAACCAGAGAGAUGAGCAAAUGAUAGAACAUUUGAUGGACUCAGUGAUGAAGUUAUGUCUCAUUAUUGUCAAGUCCUGUGACUCUCCCUUGGCAGAGCUGGGAGACAGUAAGUCUGGAAAUGCCAGCAGGCCAACUUCAGCCUUUGCAGAUGGUUUAUAUGAGUGUUUACUAGUGAAGGGCACAGGGACAGCAGAAGCCCUCUUGCAGAAUGCCUAUCAAGCUAUCCAUAGUGAAAUGAGAGGGACAUCAGGACAGCUGCCUGAAGGGUGUGCAGAUCCCAAAGCAAUUGUCAGGCACAACCUAACUGAUACAGUUCAGAACAGGGAACUCCAAGCUGUAUUUCAGUGGGUAGCCGCCUCUGAGCUCAAUGUCCCUGUUUUGUACUUUGCUGGUGACAAUAAAGGAAUCCAGGAGAAGCUACUUCAGCUCUCAGCUGCUGCCGUGGAAAAAGGAUGCGGCAUAGGGGAGGUUCUGCAAGCGGUGCUGCUCUAUGAGAAGCAAAGACAGCUGGAUGAGGCGGUGGGGAAUGACAUGCAGCUGCAGCUGCUGGACUGGCUGCCGGUGAACCUGGGAUCAGCGCCCCCCCACCAAUGCUUUCCCCUCUUCCAGCAGUGGGCCCAGCCCAACCCACAUCCCCUCCCUUCUCUCUCACUUCCGCAGCUUCCUCCUCCAUAACCUCAACGAACCCUAACAUCAUCUUCAUCCCACUCACAGAAAAGACAUGUCAUCUUACGCUAGUCACUGGAUUUUGCAGA